GCAGAUUUAAAUGCUCGUGGCGCGGGGCUCCCGGGCGUGGAGGGAGCGGAGAGGCAGAGGACACUGCGCCAGCCUUGUCACGACAGGACACAAGCAGACCUUAGGCAAGUUCUGUGCUACCAGUCGUCCACGAUGAACGGUCAGGCCCCUCCUCAUGAUGUCAUAGUUGCCAAUGGGACUGAGAAGCUCAUUGUCCCUAAAAUCAAGAAGAACCAAUUCGGAGACAGCACUCCUUCGAGGCCCCAAGCAGAGGCUACCCUGCCUACCACAACCAGAAGUAUUGCUGGGGUAUAUGUGGAGGCCUCAGGGCAGACCCAGAGCAUCUAUGCUGCUAUGAAGCAGGGCCUCCUGCCCACUGGGCUUGGGCUGACUUUGCUUGAGGCCCAGGCAGCCACUGGGGGCCUCGUGGACCUUGCCCAGGGCCAGCUUCUUCCUGUGUCUGAGGCCCUAAGGCGGGGUCUGGUGGGAUUGGAGCUAAAGGAGAAAUUAUUGGCUGCUGAACGUGCAGUUACUGGCUAUCCCGACCCCUAUGGGGGUGAAAAGCUGUCCCUCUUCCAGGCCAUCAAGAAAGAAGUUGUAGACAGGACCCUGGGGUGGAGAUUGCUAGAGACCCAGCUAGCUACUGGGGGCCUGGUGGACCCAACCUGGGGUGUGCAAGUAGCCCCAGAGCUAGCCUGCCAGCAGGGCCUUUUGGAUCAGGAAACAUGGCUCAGCCUGGUGGAGUCAGAGCCCAGCAUGAGUACCCCUGGUUUUUCUGACCCCAACACGCUGGAGCAGCUGCCAUACUCAAUGCUGCUGGGUAGAUGUGUGCAAGACCCCAGCUCAGGGCUGCCCCUAUUGCCUUUAAAGACCACCUUCCACACCCUGGCUGGAGCAGCCAGUGCGGCAAUGCUGCUGGAGGCGGGGGUACUAAAUGAGGAGACAAUCCGAGGCCUGCAGGAGGGCACGCUGGUAGUGUCUGAUGUGGGCACACGUCCCGAGGUACGACGUUAUCUGGAAGGCACUGGAGGGUUAGCAGGAGUUGUCCUGUUGCCUGGAGGUCACAAGAAGAGCUUUUUCCAGGCUACGGUUGAACACUUGCUCUCAAAGGGCAUUGCACUACAACUCUUAGAGGCUCAGGCUGCCACCCGCACCCUCGUGCACCCAACCACAGGCCAGCGUCUUUGGGUGGAAGAGGCGGUCAAGGCCGGCCUGGUUGGCCCAGAACUUCACGAGCAGCUCCUGGUUGCAGAACAGGCAGUGACUGGGUAUUAUGACCCCUUCAGCAGCUCCCGCAUCCCCCUUUUCCAGGCUUUGAAGAAGGGACUUGUGGACCAGCCACUGGCUCUGCGUCUCCUGGAUGCCCAGUUAGCCACAGGUGGGCUUAUAUGCCCAGCCCGCAGAUUCCGGCUGCCCCUGGAGGCUGCCCUGCGCUUUGGCUGUCUGGAUAAAGAGACUCAGCAGCAUCUCUCUCAGGCAAUGGGCUUUUCAGAUCCUACCACACACGAUCGUCUUCACUAUGAACAGCUGCUGGCUCUCUCUGUCACUGACCCAGAGACAGGGCUUGCUUUCCUUCCUCUCCCUGGAAUGUCCCAUGCAAAUGAGCCCCAGGGGCCCACAUUUAUUGAUCACUGUACUCGACAGGUCUUGAGCAAGGCUACAACCUCCAUCUCUGUAGGGAGGUACCAGGGCCGGCCUGUCUCCCUCUGGGAACUGCUCUUUUCAGAGGCAGUACCCGUUAAGAAGAGGGUAAUGCUUGCCCAGCGGCACCAGAAAGGGGCUCUGUCAGUGGAGGAGCUGGCAACUGAGCUAAAGGGCAUUGUUGAGGAGGCUGCAGCAACUGCCAAAGUCACCUUUGCUGGGUUGAGGGACACUGUGACACCAGGAGAAUUGUUGAAGGCUGAGAUAAUCAACCAGGACCAGUUUGAGCAGCUGGAACGUGGUCAGACCUCAGCCCAAGAUGUGGGCAGCUUGGACUCAGUGCAAAGGUACCUGCAGGGCACAGGUUGUAUUGCAGGCCUAUUACUUCCUGACACCCAGGAACGGCUCAGUAUCUACGAGGCCCGGAGCAAGGGGCUCCUCAGGCCUGGGACUGCCCUGAUCUUGCUUGAGGCCCAGGCUGCCACAGGCUUUAUCAUUGACCCAAAGGAGAACAAGAGAUACUCUGUGGAGGAGGCACUGAGGGCGGGUGUCAUUGGACCCGAUGUAUACGCAAAGCUGCUGUCAGCAGAACGUGCCGUGACUGGUUACACGGACCCCUACUCUGGGGAGCAGAUCUCACUCUUCCAGGCCAUGCAGAGGGACCUCAUUGUGAGAGACCACGGCAUUCGCCUGCUGGAGGCCCAGAUCGCCACGGGUGGUGUCAUUGACCCUGUACAUAGCCACCGUGUGCCUGUGGACGUAGCCUACCAACGUGGCUACUUUGAUCAGAUGCUGAACUCUAUCCUGCUGGACCCAUCUGAUGACACCAAGGGCUUCUUUGACCCCAACACGCACGAGAACCUCACCUACCUGCAGCUUCUGGAGCGCUGUAUACAUGACUCUGAAACGGGCCUGCACUUCUUGCCCCUUAGUGGUACACGACCCCAGCUGGUAGAUGGCUCCACUCGGCAGGCCUUCCAGAAUCUACUGCUCUCUGUGAAGUAUGGACGGUUCCGGGGGCAGAGAGUUUCUGCGUGGGAGCUGAUUAACUCUGAAUAUUUCAAAGAGGACUGGAGGAGGCAGCUACUGCAGCGUUAUCGGCAGCGUAAGAUCACCCUGGAGCAGGUCACUCAGCUACUGGAGAAAGAGAUGAGGAGGUGGGCAGACAUCACACUGCCUGCCCUACAGGGCCGGGUCACUGCCUACCAGCUCCUUGAGGCUCAGAUCAUCAACCAGGAGCUCCUGGAUCAGGUGCUAACAGGGACAGUCAGCCCAGAUGCCCUCCUCCACAUGGGUGAUGUUCACAGGUACCUUCAGGGCUCAGGCACUGUGGGUGGUGUGCUGCUACAGCCCUCCAACCAGCGAAUCAGUCUCUACCAGGCCAUGAAGCAGAAGCUGCUGGCACCCAGUGUAGCUUUGGCCUUGCUGGAGGCCCAGGCAGCCACUGGAGCCAUCACCGACCCCUGCAGUAUGGAGACCCUGUCAGUAGAUGAGGCUGUGUGCCGGGGAGUAGUGGGAGCAGACGUAUAUGGCAAGCUGAAGCGGGCAGAACAUUCUAUCACUGGCUACAGAGAUCCCUUUUCUGGAAAAAAGGUGUCCCUGUUCAGGGCCAUGAAGAAGGGCCUUGUCCCUGUGGAGCAGGCGACCCGCCUCCUAGAAGCCCAGGUGUCCACAGGAGGGGUCGUUGAUCCCACAACUCACCUCCACCUCCCCAUGCCUGUAGCCGUCCAGCGUGGCUGCAUUGAUCGAGAGAUGGAAGUAACCUUGUCCAGAUCUCCUGAGACCUUUCCCACACCCGAUGGCCGGGGGCACACCAGCUAUGCCCAGCUUCUGGAACAGUGUCUCCAGGACAAAGCCUCUGGGCUUCACCUCCUGCCCCUGACAGAAGAUGCUCACAACGUCCCCACAGACACACAGAUCCAGGAGACCUUGGAAACAUCAAUUAGCACUGAAGAUGGCUUGUCUCUCUGGGACUUGCUCACCUCUUGCCACUUUACCGAGGAGCAGCGCAGGGGCUUCCUCGAGGAUGUGAGGGUCGGGAAGACUUCCGUGACGCAGCUCCAGGACACUGUACGCAGCUGGGUGCACGCCUCGAAGCUCCUGGCCCGGGCCCGCAUCUCUGUGCCAGGCCCACGGGGUGAGGUCCCUGCCACGUGGCUACGAGAUGCUGGUAUUAUUACCCAAGAGACACUGGAAGCACUGGCACAGGGCAUGCAGUCAUCUGACGAGGUAGCCAAACAGCCUGCAUUGAAGACCUGCCUCUGGGGUACGGGCUGUGUGGCCGGGGUGCUGCUCCAGCCAUCGGGGACCAAGCUGAGCAUUGCCCAGGCUGUAAGAGAUGGCCUCCUGCCCACAGGCCUGGGCCAGCAGCUGCUGGAGGCCCAGGUGGCAUCGGGCUUCCUUGUCAAUCCGCUAACCAACCAGAGAUUGUCAGUGGAGGGCGCAGUGAAGGCUGGCCUGGUGGGCAUGGAGCUGAGUGAACAGCUGUGGCAAGUAGAAAAGGCUGUGACAGGGUAUGCAGAUCCCCUUUCAGGAGGCUCCCUUUCUCUGUGGCAGGCCAUGGAGAAGGGGCUUGUAACCCAAAGCGAGGCCUUUCCUCUCCUGCAAGUCCAGCUGGCCACAGGGGGUGUUGUGGACCCCACCCACGGAGUGCACCUGCCGCAGGAAGUGGCCUACAAGCUUGGUCUCCUGGAUGAGCAGACAACCCGGGUGCUGUCAACCACUGGGAAGGAAAACAAGCUCUUUUUUGACCCCAACUCCCGGGAGAAAGUGACAUACCAGCAGCUCAAGGAACUCUGUGUGCUGGAUGCUGACACUGGCCUGUGGCUACUGCCCCUGCCCGAGGACACUGUGCUUCAGGUGGAUGACCAUACUGCGGUGGCACUGAGGGCUAUGAAGGUCCCCAUCAACAUGGGGAGGUUCCAAGGACACAGUGUGUCACUCUGGGACCUGCUACACUCUGAGUAUGUUGGAGCUGAAAAGCGGAAGGAGCUGGUGGCACUUUGCUGUUCCGGGAGGGCCGCUGCUCUGCGACAGGUCAUCAGUAUGGUCACCACCCUGGUGGAAGCUGGGGAGAAGCAGCCCCCGCAGGCCACCUUCAAAGGGCUCCGGAAGCAGGUUUCUGCUGGGGACUUGUUUAGGUCCCAGCUGAUCACCAAGCAGACACUGGAUGAGCUCAAUCAAGGAAAGAGAACAGUCCAGGAAGUGACAGAGAUGGACAGUGUGAGGAGGUCCCUAGAAGGGGGCAACUUCAUUGCUGGGGUCCUUAUUCAGGAUACAAAAGAGAAGAUGAGUAUCCCAGAGGCCUUGAGAAGGCACAUUCUUAGGCCAGGCACAGCCCUGGUGCUGCUGGAGGCACAGGCGGCCACCGGUUUCAUCAUCGACCCUGUGGAGAACCGGAAGCUCACUGUAGAGCAGGCGUUCCAGGCAGGGAUGUUUGGCAAGGAGACCUACACGAAGCUGUUAUCAGCUGAGCGGGCUGUCACCGGCUAUACAGACCCUUACACAGGAGAACAGAUCUCUCUCUUUCAGGCCAUGCAGAGGGACCUCAUCGUCAGGGACCACGGCAUCCGCCUGCUGGAGGCCCAGAUCGCCACAGGUGGCAUCAUCGACCCUGUCCACAGCCACCGUGUCCCUGUGGACGUGGCCUACCAACGUGGCUACUUCAAUGAGGAGAUGAACCGCAUCUUGGCUGACCCAAGCGAUGACACCAAGGGCUUCUUCGACCCCAACACGCAUGAGAACCUCACGUACCUGCAGCUGCUGGAGCGCUGUGUGGAGGACCCAGAGACGGGGCUGUACAUGUUGGAAAUUGUAAAGAAAGGAGAGACUUACGCGUACGUCGACGAGGCCACGAGGCAAGCUCUGAGAUCCAGAACUGUGAAAAUGUACGUAGGGAGGUUUGCAGGCCAGAUGGUGUCUGUGUGGGACCUGUUAUCUUCCCCGUAUUUUACAGAAGGCAGGAGAAGAAAGCUCUUACGGGAGUACAGAGCCCAGAACAUUGGCCUGGAGAACCUGCUGGAGGUGAUUACCUCUACCGUGGAAGAAACGGAGAAGCAAAGCCAAAUAUUCAAGGUGCCGGGCAUCCAUGGCGAAGUGACGGCUGCAGAACUGUUCAACUCCGGGAUCCUCGAUAAGAAGACCCUGGAUGCUCUCCACAGUGGGGAGAGAGGGUGCCAGGACCUCUGCCGGCUGGAGGAUGUAAAUGUCUCCCUGGAAGGCAGCAACUGCAUUGCUGGGGUAAUAGCACCUCUAACCCAGAAGGUCAUGAGCUUCUAUGAGGCCAGCAGGGAAGAGCUCAUCCCCGCAGGGUUUGCAGCUCAGUUGCUGGAGGCACAGGCCGCCACUGGGUACCUAAUGGACCCUGGCACCCGCCAGAAACUAUGUGUGGAUGAGGCUGUAGCAGCUGGCUUGGUGGGUGAAGACUUGAGGGACAGGCUUGUGAAUGCAGAGAAGGCAGCAAAGGGCUACGAAGACCCCACCACAGGGGAGACUAUCCCGCUGUUCCAGGCCAUGGAGAAGAAGUUAGUUGGGAGGGAAGAGGCACUGAAAUUACUGGAGGUGCAGGUGGCCACAGGUGGGGUCAUUGACCCACAGCACCACCAUCGAGUCCCUCUAGAUACAGCCUGCCGGCGGGGCUGUCUGUGCGAUGACACUGUCCUUCUCAUUGCUGACCAAAAGCACAUGAGGAAAAGGUUUGUGGAUCCCAACACACAAGAAAAGGUCACAUACCAAGAGCUGCAGGACCGGUGCCAGCGGGAGGAGAAGUCAGGCUGGGCUCUGUUCCCAGUGGUCAAGGACAAGAGGGACAUGGAAUAUGUUGAUGAGGCCACCAAAAGAGCCCUGGAGGCAGAGCAGGUUGAAGUGACUGUGGGGAGGUACAGAGGCCAGAGGCGAUCCGUGUGGGAACUGCUGAACUCAGAGUAUGUGUCAGAGGAAAAGAAGAUUGAACUAGUGAGGCUGUACAAAGAGGACACAGCCCGCGCACUGCAAAAGGUGGUAAAGCUUAUUCUACAAAUGAUUGCAGACAAGGAAAGGAAAGGCAGGCAACUCUGGUUCAGAGGUCUACGAACUCAGGUCACAGCCGAGGAACUGCUGAGGUCAGCAGUCAUCACCAAACAGACUCUGGAGGACCUGGAAGAAGGCAGAGCCACAGUUGAUCAGAUUGAACAGAAGGAAGACGUGACCAGAUACCUCAAGGGCACCAGCUGCAUAGCUGGCGUCCUGGUGCCCGUCCAAGGAGAGCCUGGCCGUCACGAGAAGAUGAGCAUCUAUCAGGCCAUGUGGAAGGGAGUGCUGAGGCCAGGCACAGCCCUGGUGCUGCUGGAGGCUCAGGCAGCCACAGGCUUCAUCAUCGACCCAGUGCACAACCGCAGACUGUCUGUGAAGGAGGCCGUGGCUGCAGGCGUGGUGGGUGGAGAGAUCCAAGAGAAGCUGCUGUCUGCUGAACGUGCUGUCACUGGAUACACAGACCCCUACACUGGGGAACAGAUCUCCCUCUUCCAGGCCAUGCAGAGGGAGCUCAUAGUCAAGAACCAUGGCAUACGUCUGCUGGAAGCCCAGAUCGCCACGGGUGGUGUCAUUGACCCUGUGCACAGUCACCGUGUUCCUGUGGAUGUGGCCUACCAACGUGGCUACUUUGAUGAGGACAUGAACAGCAUUUUGGCAGACCCUGGGGAUGACACCAAGGGCUUCUUUGACCCCAACACGCACGAGAACCUCACCUACCUACAGCUUUUGCAGAGGGCUACCGUUGACCCUGAGACGGGGUUGUUGUUUCUCUCCCUCUCUAAGGGCUGAAUUUCUUUUUGUGAUAUCCUGAGGUUUUAUAGAAGGCACCUGCGCAUUCUUAUAGACCUUGACUUGGAUCCUUUGAUUCCCUCCGUACUUUCUGCUCUUGUUUAUCUGGGUUUAGGUUAUGUUCCUUUCUUCCUACCCUGCCUGCUUCUGAUUGGUAAUUUUGUGUCUGGUACAUCUUCUCUCUCUUUUUCUUCAUCUUUUUCCCUCUACAAUUUUCUUAUGACUGUUUUCUUUUGUUGUUUCAAUGGGAGCAUGAGCUCGGAGGGAGAUUUUUUGUUUCUGUUUUUGUUUUAGUUUUUGUUUUCGGAGACAGGGUUUCUCCACUGUAGCCUUAGCUGUCCUGGUACUCACUCUGUUGCGCAGCCUGCUUUCAUACUCAGAGAUUCACUUGCCUCCCCCACCUCCUCCAGAGGUCUGGGAUUAGGCACCACCACUGCCUAGCCAAGGAAGUGGUCUUUUAACAGAGGUUAUCUCUCUAUUCCAGACAGCACUGUAGUCAUUCACCUUGUAGUGCACACUGGCCUUUUCUAUUGGUCUCCCAAGCACUGGGAUUGCAUGCAUAAAGCACCAUGUUUGGCCAAGAUCUUCAACAUUUUCAAUGUAUGGGCCACUUUGUCCAUGGUGUGUCUUGGUUUGCCGUCUGUAUUUUGUAUGACGUUGCUCAUCUUCUCUCCUUGUACCUUUGAGACAUCUCACAGUUUGGUGUCUUACAACUUUUAUUGGCUACAUGUCUUUUGAUAAUAAAUGAAUUUUCUGCUCU